AUGGAACAAAAAGAUGAAAAGAACUGCAACAGUGAGGAGGAAGGAGAAAGGAAAGAACCAAAAACAUUUCUGGGGAUCUUUACAAGAGAGAAGUUCAUCAUGUUAUGUGUUGUUAUCGGACUGAUUGCACUUCUUCUCAUCAUUACCUUAACUUCAGUGUUUGUGAUCACAAGAUCAGAUGCUUCAAUUGACAUGGAAAUGGAGCCUUUCCCAUCUGAUGGAGACAUGCUUGAAUUUCUCCUCCAAAUUGGAGAAAUUCAGGAGAAAGAUGGUCUUUAUGCAACAUGGUAUCACGCAGCCAACAAUAAAACUGAGAUGAACAAGGCCUUGAACAGUGAUGUCAUGAUCCUAGAGGCUGAUGUAAAUGUGAAAGGUUAUAACACAGCUAAUGAAACCAAUAUUCCCAUCAUGGCCCAUCCACCGGACAUAUACAGUGACAACACUCUGGAGGAGUGGCUGGAAGCUGUAUUCAAAUCAAAGAAAGGGAUAAAGCUGGAUUUUAAAAGUAUCAAUGCUGUGGAACCCUCACUGGAUCUGUUGAGAGUAAAAAACCAAACGGGGAUCAACCGCCCGGUGUGGAUAAAUGCAGAUAUUCUUCCUGGUCCUAAUGUCCCUGUUUUCUGGCCAGUAAUCAAUGCUUCAGAGUUUUUUGAGCACAUUCAGCUGAAAUUUCCUGACGUCACCAUCUCUCCAGGAUGGAAGGUUCUUUAUCUUUCCAUCUUCCCUAAUGUGACAUACACACGCAGUAUGGUGGAAGAGAUGUACUCUAUUGUAAGACACCUCCCUCAGAAAAUCACCUUUCCUGUCCAUGCUUUGAUGGCCAAGAAUGGGUGGCCACACCUGAGCUGGCUGCUCAGCCAGUCUUCAAGGUUCAGUUUAACCCUGUGGCAAGGAAAGGAGAACCCCACCGUGAAUGACCUUCUCUUCAUCAGAGACAACAGCAACCCUCUGCGCAUCUAUUAUGACAUCUAUGAGCCUGUGCUCUCACAGUUCAAAGAAGCUGCAAAGCUGGGAAACAGACCCAGAAGAUUCUAUCCAGGUGGGGACAUAAUUGACUAUUUCAGGCCGAUGAACCGUGAUGGACUCAACAUCCAGUGGGACACAGUGACCAAUAAAGAUUAUUUGCUAUAUCUGCUCGAAGACAGCCAAGGGGGAAUGCUGGUGAUCCCAGUAAUAUCUAGUGUAGGUCAACCAAACAUUCCCGUCAUUCAUGGAUCCCAGCCUGAACUGCCUCUACAGGACUGCCUGGAGCUGAUUCUUGCCUCCAAGAAGUCAUGGGGAAUCUACCUAAGGAUAAAGUCCAAGAGUCAGCUGAGCCUCACACUGGAGCUCCUCCGUCAGGCAUAUGACAGAGACCUGCUGCACCACCCCACCUGGGUCAACAUGGACAUAGCACAUGGAGCUUUCUAUAUUCAAGACUAUGUGACAGGAGCGGAAUUCUUGAGAACCAUUGAUCAAAUCUUUCCAUAUGUGACCUUGGCUCCAGGUUGGCCUAAAGAAGUUCUUGAUGAAGGCUACAAACCAGAGUUGGUGGAGGACAUGGUGCAGCUCUUCCAGGGGGCAUGGCAAGAUGUUUCACUGCAGCUGCAUGCUGAGACCCUGUACAGGACUGUGACUGGAUGUAGAAGCCUUCUCCAUGCACAAUCACGCUUCUCAAUGACUCUGGAGCAUCGGGCAGAGGACAGAGGCCUCAAUUCUUGGACUGCAAGCUUAAUGGCUAUCAGAGCACUGAACAGACAGCAGAGCUUCUACAACAUGCUUAAUAUGUACAGAGAACAUAUAGCAAAUCUGUCAGCCUGAAAAUCAAGAUCAUACAGCACUGACAAAGACAUUGCA